CUACUCUUGCAAGAGAAUGUUUGCCUAUAUUAGCGGUGGAUGAUGAAAAUCGAGUAGAAAAUCUAGAAAAAAAUCUAGGUAAACUUAUAAAAACUCAUGGUGAUGAGAUGGCAGAAAAAAUUGCUUUUUUGCAAUAUAAUAUGAA